AUGAGCAACCGCAAGAAUACGGCCGCCAGCCUGCUUCUCAGGCAGUACCGCGAACUGACCGAUGCCAAGAAAGCGAUUCCCUCCUUCCACAUAGAGCUGGACGAUGAUUCCAACAUCUUUCUGUGGAACAUCGGCGUAAUGGUGCUGAACGAAGACUCCAUCUACCACGGCGGGUACUUCAAGGCGCAGAUGCGGUUUCCAGAGGACUUCCCCUUCUCGCCGCCCACGUUCCGGUUCACACCCGCCAUAUACCACCCCAACGUGUACCGCGACGGGCGUUUGUGCAUUUCGAUCUUGCACACCAGCGGGGACCCAACCUCGGAGGAGCCGGACUCCGAAACGUGGUCUCCUGUGCAGACGGUCGAGAGCGUGCUGAUCUCUAUUGUGUCGCUUCUCGAAGACCCCAACAUCUCCUCGCCGGCUAACGUCGACGCAGCGGUGGACUACCGCAAGAAUAUUGAACAGUACAAGCAGCGCGUGCAGCUUGAAGUCGAGCGCUCGAAACAGGACAUACCGGAAGGAUUUGUCAUGCCGACGUCACGUACCGCUUACGUUGCGCAGCGACAGGCCGAGCCCGAGGAGACCCGCGAUCUCGGCGACAACUUCUGGUACGACAGCGACGACGAGGACGACGCCGACAUCUACGGCUACGACCACAACGAAGAGCAGGAGGACAACGAUAUCCAGUUCGACGAUAGCGAAAACGAGAACGACGACGAUGACGACGUCAGCGUCGAUAACGACAGCGUUAUGGACCGCAAGCAGCCCAACAAAGCCGAAGACGAGAGCGAUGACCUCGAAGACGGAGAGUUGAAGCUCGAGAAGUAG